CAUUGGGGGGAUAUCUGUACCGUUCUGACAUUUGGGGGAUAUCUGUACCGUCCUGACAUUUGGGCCUUUAGACAUUUAGAUUGGCUGUCAUUUGUGAACUCUAUAACUUUCCUA